AUGGCGUCCUGGCAGAGGUCGUUGUACCUCGAAGCCAUAGUUCCCUGCGCCGCGGCGGCGGUGGCAGUUGCGGUGGCGCCGGCGCCGCUGCCCAGGGAGGAUGUCCGGGCCUUGGCGUUCCUGGUCCAGCGGGGGAGGAAGCAGUCGUCGGGCAGCACCCGGAGGUCGACCAUGAGGAGGACCCCGAGGACGUGGCGGCAGAGGAUUCCGGCGAACUCGAACUUGCCGCAGCUGCAGGUGGCGGCCCGCUUGCCGGCGUCGAGGGAGACGACGAAGUUGUCGAGGGAGUCCUCGUCCCGGGCCACGCUGUACUUGGAGACAGCGCCGUCCUUGA